AUGGGUGUUCUCAAUGAAUUACUCAACAGCCCCUAUGUGGUACAGGGCGUCUGCGUUGCCCUUGUGGUGGUGUUCAUCACCAGUGUAUGGGGUGAUCUAGCGGACGAGAUCCCCUUUCGUCGUGUGCCUCUGGUUGGAAAAAACCGGUGGGAAUUCACCAACAAAAACGCCAGGUCGCGCUUCACACUGUCGGCGCGUGCUUUGAUCGCCGAGGGAUUCGCGAAGGGAGCCAAUGUCUUCCAAAUUAUUGGAGCGAACGAACCGAUCAUCCUCGUACACCCUAAGUAUAUGAACGAGAUCAAAAGCCACCCACACUUGAGUUUCGAAGGCGCCGUCAAAAAGACCUUUUUCAGCAACCGUAUUGCUGGCUUUGAGCCGUUUCAUAAUCCGGGAUCUUUCAACAUCACUGUCGGCGUCGCGCGCACCCAGUUGACCCAAGCACUCGGGUCCCUCUCAAUCCCGCUCUCAAAGGAGACAGGCGCGACAGUGAAAGACGCAUUUCCUCCAUCGAAUGAGUGGAAACCCUAUAACUUCUUCCAGAAGACCCCGUACAUGGUAGCCCGGAUCUCGUCCUUGAUCUUCCUCGGAGAGGAAAUCAGUCACAACGACGAAUGGGUGAAUGUCUCAGUCAACUAUGUCAUCGACGCCUUCGAAGCCAUGCGAGAGCUGCGAGGUUGGCCCUCUGUUCUGCGUCCGCUAGUCCACUGGUUCAUGCCCACCACCCAAAAGUUGCGCAAGCACUUGGAGAGCGCUCGAUCGAUCAUCGCCAAUGAACUAGAAAGACGUGAUUUGAUUCGUGCAGGCAAGCUUCCUGAAGAUGACCCGCCCCGCAUCCGCGAUGCUCUGGACUGGUUCAAGGAGACUGCUGAAGCGAACAAUUUUACCAAUUUCAAUAUCUCCCGUGCUCAGGUUGGGUUGUCGCUGGCGGCUAUUCAUACGACGUCGAACCUGCUCACCAAUAUUAUGUACGACCUGGCGGCGUACCCGGAGUAUAUCCAGCCGCUGCGUGAUGAGAUUUGUGCUGUUGCUGCUGAGGAUGGGGUUUUGAAGAAGACGAGCUUGCUGAAGUUGAAAUUGAUGGAUAGUGUGAUGAAGGAGUCGCAGCGGAUGCACCCAUUGGGUCUGACUGGCUUGAACCGCUACGCCACCCAGCAGAUUACCUUUUCUGACGGUACUAUAAUCCCCAAGGGUGCAACGAUUGCCGUGUCUGCGCACACAAUGAUGGAAGAUGGCAUCAUCUAUGAUAAUGGCAGUACCUACGAUGGGUACCGCUUCUACAACAUGCGCCAGGAACCAGGCAGUGAACACCGGCACCAGCUUGUCACGACAACGCCUGAGCACUUUGCUUUUGGUCUUGGCAAGCACGCCUGUCCUGGUCGAUUCUUCGCUGCCAACGAAUCUAAAAUUCUGCUGCUCCAUUUGAUUAUGAAGUAUGACUGGAAGCUGCAGUCGGAUGGCCGACCUAAGAACUAUGAGAACGGGUUUGAGCUGAUCACCGAUCCGACAGUGGAGAUGUUGUUCCGCUCGCGCGAACCAGAGAUCGAUCUGGGUUUCUUAGGCGAGUAG